UAAAAGGGCGGGGCGUUCUGCAGAAUGUUGACAGUGGCUACUGGAGAUCACAAGCUAUGAUUAUCACCCGCUGUUUGCGCCCAUCGUUCCUGGCCAAGCCACGCCUCCCACCCCUCUCUGGGUGCAGACAAUUCUGGGGCUGGUUAAAUGCUGUUUUUAACAGAGUUGACUAUGAACGUAUCAAGGACGUGGGACCGGACCGGGCCGCCUCGGAGUGGUUAUUACGCUGCGGAGCUAAAGUUCGUUAUGAAGGAUUUGACAAAUGGCAAUACGAUUAUAACGGCCUUCCCACCGGACCUCUGGGAAAAUACAAGAUUCAGGCCAUUGACGCGACAGAGUCCUGCAUUAUGUCCCGAGGAUUCGACCACUUGGAUGGACUGGAGCACCUUGAGGAGCUGAAACUGUGUCAAUGUAUAUAUAUUGAGGACACGUGUCUAGAGAGAAUAAGCAAGACAGACAACCUUCAGAAGAGUCUCAGAAGACUGGAAAUCAUCAGCUGCGGGAAUGUGACGGAUAAAGGUGUCAUAUCUCUGCACUCCUUGAGGAAUUUGGAAUUUUUACUUCUUCGUGAUCUCCCGGGAAUCCAGAAGAAGGAGAUGAUUCUGGAGCUUCUGCAGAAAUCCAUCCCUCCAUUACAGAUUGAGCUAGAUCUGAAGGACUGACCGUGCCGCUGCUCUCCUGUUCAUCG